CUACUUCCGGUCGGGGAAAGACCGCUUCCGGUGCUUCCCUCGCUCCUUGCCGGUCAUAAUGGCCGCGCAGCGACCCCUGCGGGUCCUGUGCCUGGCGGGCUUUCGGCAGAGCGAGCGGGGCUUCCGCGAGAAGACCGGGGCACUAAGGAAGGCGCUGCGGGCCCGCGCCGAGCUCGUGUGCCUCAGCGGCCCGCACUUGGUCCCCGACGCCCCGGGCCCCGAGGGCGCCAGAUCAGACUUCGGGUCCUGCCCUCCAGAGGAGCAGCCUCGAGGCUGGUGGUUUUCAGAGCAGGAGGCGGACGUUUUCUCCGCAUUGGAAGAGCCCGCCGUAUGCAGGGGCCUGGAGGAAUCCCUGGGGAUGGUGGCACAGGCACUCAACAGGCUGGGGCCUUUUGAUGGCCUUCUUGGUUUCAGCCAAGGGGCUGCGCUAGCAGCCUUUGUAUGUGCCCUGGGCCAGGCAGACGAUCCCCGCUUCCCCCUGCCACGGUUUAUCAUCUUGGUCUCUGGUUUCUGUCCCCGGGGCCUUGGGUUCAAGGAAUCCAUCCUGCAAAGGCCCUUGUCACUGCCUUCACUCCAUGUUUUCGGGGACACUGACAAAGUCAUCCCCUCUCAGGAGAGUAUGCAAUUGGCCAGCCAACUCCCCGGAGCCAUUACCCUCACCCACCCUGGUGGCCACUUCAUUCCAGCAGCUGCAUCCCAGCGUCAGGCCUACCUCAAGUUCUUGGACCAGUUUGCAGAGUAAAAGAUCAAGAAAUGUCUCUGCUCCUACAUCCAGCCCCUCUUGGGGUAGCCUCCGUCAUCUGUGCCCUCCCAGGGCCCUCCACUGCUGUGAGUGCGCCUCACCAGGACCAGUUAAGAGACAACUAUCAAUUCUUGAGACCCAAAUUAUAUGGGCCCUGCCUUGAAGAAAAGGGGAGCACAACGCCUUAAUGGACAUUGACUUGUGAACCUCAAACAUGAAAAUGAUUGGAGAGCCCUGGCUUAGGAGGGUGACAUGGGGAAGACAGAGGCUGGCACCAUGGUGACUGCCACAUAAUAAAGUGGUGAUACGGA